GACUUGAAGUUCUAGACUUGGAAUCUCUUUCUCUGGAUAUACUUGAAACAAGGACUAGAUUGUGUAAUGAUGAUACUAAAAAAGAAUACAUGCCUAAAAUGUACGAUCCUUUGUUAAAUGGACCAUAUCGAGAAACAAUCAAAAAAGGGGUUUCACUUUCAAUCAUAAACAAUAAUUCGCUAGAAAAUUUGAAAGAGAGAGUUAGACUAAAUAGGAUUCAUACUAUCUUUCUUCCGAAUACUGAUUACCAAGAAUUUGAACAAAAAGUGGAUACGAUUGAUAAAAAAACAUUAUCAACAGAAAUUGAUGAGUUCUUAACUUUAAUCAAUGAAUUUGGUAACGAACCAAAAUCGAGUUUAAAUUUGAAAGGCCUUUCUUUAUUUUUAGACCAAGAACAGGUAAGAACGAAUUCAGAAAAAAGAACUAAAUUUUUAACAUUUGUAUUCAACGCAAUUGAUCCUAAUGAGACAAAAUCUGGAAAUAAAUCGAUUGGAAUAAACGAAAUCAGUAAAAAAAACCCUCGCUGGUCAUGUAAAUUAAUCACCGAAUUGGACCAACAAUUGGGUAAAUUUGAAGAUGGCCUAUCAGUGGAUUAUCAAAUUCGUUUAAGAAAAUUCAAACGUGUAGUUAUUUUUACUGCCAACAAUGAGAAGAAGGAUCCUGAUGAGACCAACGAGGAAGUGCCUUUAAUAAUCUAUUCGCAACAAUCCGAUUUUCGGCGAGGUAUAAUUACAGGCUCUAUGCGGGCCAAAGGCGAAAAACA